GUUUUCACUUUUCAUUAGGCUAUGUUAUAAACUUAUAGUAGCUCAGUCUAAUAGUAUCUCUAACUACCUAAAUAUUGUUUUAUAAUUUUAUAAAUCUAAGUUGUCUAAUACUCUAAUGUGUAUUGAGUUCAGUAUUCUUCACUAUUCACAGAUAUCAACAUAAUAUUAUUUAGUUUUAUUUUAACCCUUUUUGUGCUUUUACAUAUUAUAAUAGUGAUAUAAUUGCCAUUUUUCUUUUAGUCAAACUUUUUUACUGUAUUAAUUAUUUAUUUUAUUUUAUAAAUAUGGUUAAAGUUAAUAAAGAAGCGUAUAUACCACUUUUGCCUUAUGAUCUAGGAUAUGAAGAGACUAUUUUACAAUUAAUCAAAUCAUUAGAUUAUUUAGAUAAAGUUGUUGAAUGUGUAUAUGAACAUGUAAGAGGUAAUAUAAACUCACAAAAAUUGGAAAUAGUUAAACUGAGUGAUAAAUUGAACAACAUAGCUAAUAAAGUACAAUUAUUGUCAAACACCAAGAAAUCGAUUCAAGUUUAUUCCAGUUCCAAAUAUCCUGCUACGCAUUUACAAAAAGAUUAUGAAUAUAGUUAUGAUUUUGAAAUAAAAUCUGAUAUCACGGACAAUAUCCAAGUUGCUCAUCAAAUAUGUGCGUCCAAUGACCCAAAUGAUAAACUUAAAUUUUACCAUGUUGAUGAUGAAAGUAAAAAAUUAUCCAAAAAUAAAGAUAUUAUUCAUAUGAAAGGUCUUGGCAGAUUACCUGAUGGUGUUAAUUACAUAAAUUCUUUAUUAUUAUUUAAUUCAAAUGAAAAUUUGUACAAAAAUUAUGUUUUAUCUAACCCCUAUAAAGUUAAAAUAACACAUACGAAUAAACAAGUCGAAAAAGUUGAAAAUAUUAACAAACCAGUGUUUACAUUACCAUUAAAUGACACUGAAAAUCAGUUUAAUUAUUCUUAUACGCCGGAAUACGAAGAAGUUCCUUCUAUUGAUGUGCCUGCUGAUUUACCCGAUCUUCCAGGAAUUGCAGGUGAUUUACUAUGUUUCAAAAAUGAAGAAGAAGAAAACAUUAGCACACCAAUUGUUUGUAAUCCAUCCAGUGUAAUGGAUCUUCCAAGUUUUGAUGAGUUAGACGAUAUUAAAAACAAAGAAAUAGUGUCUGAUAAUUUGAUACAGACUGAUAAAGAAAUCAUAAAACCGGUUGAACCUGAAGAAUCGUCAACUGUUGUAUAUAAUAUUCAAAAUAAAAUUGAUCAUAUUGAAGAUAUUGAUAAUUCUAUUAAUAAGGAUAAUCAAACUGUUAAUAAAACGUAUAAUGAUAACAUUAAUACGCACAGUGUUCUAAUGGACGAAAUAAGAAAUGCAGGAGGAUUACAAAAAGCUAAAUUACGCUCAGUGGUUGAAAGGAAAACAAAUAAUGAAACCAUGCCUACUGGAGAUGGAUUAAUGGCAGAUUUGCAUAAAAAGUUAGCGAUGCGAAGGCAAGGGAUUUCUGGUGAUAAUAAACAAAAUGAUAGCAGCUUAGAAGGGGUAAUAUACCGUAUGGCUUCCACAAUGUUACCUCCAAAUCUCGAAUCUGAAAGUGAAGUAGAUGGUGACGACGACACAGAAGAUGAUUGGGAUGAUUGAUGGCUCAAUAGGUUUAUUAAAAAUUUCAAACUUUUUAUAGUUUAUGAUUUUUUUGUAAUUAUCUUUGUUUCCUUUACAAAUUAUUUUAAAUUUAUUGUAUAUUUGAUUGUUUAUUCACCUAAUUGUGAAGUUGAUUGUUGUUAAGUUA